AUGAUGAAGAGAAAGAUCUCGGAAAAUUUUCAAAAUUCAAACGCUAAGGAGAAGUGGAAGCUAGCGGGAUCAUUUUUGUUUACUGGGCUUGUUGGGCUCAAAGUGAUCCCUCGUAGACAAGUGUCAAGUGUGAGUUCCAUGAUCACCUUUGCUUCUUCCUUAGCCGGCGACACUCAUAGGCAAUCUGAUUCUCACCGCAAAUAUGAGUAUGACUUUGUUGAAACUCUGUCAGAUUACUCUGAUGGAGCUGGUGGUGUAUUUGUCAGAUUCUUGCAUAAAGCAAAAGGAUUUGCAAGUGUCUUCUUUCGUAUGGGAACUGGUGAAGCAGACACAUUCCACAUAUCAACUCACAGUUUGUACCGAUUCUCCCAUAGGAUCCCUUCCUUCAAGCUGAAUGGAAUCAAAGGCAAAGGUGUGCCAAAAUGUGCUUAUGAGCUGGACCAAGCUGCGUUACCAGAAAAUAUUCUAGAAGUAACCGUCCCUUCACAUCUAUUAGCAAAACCAGCCGCUCCAAACCCUGAAACAGAAGAGCUUACGUUUCCUAUAAGCGGAAAGGUUUUUCAAACUGGUCAGAUCUGGUCUUACACCGGAUAUUUUGAUAACAUGCCUAGGGACUACUGUAGGAUCUAUAAGAUCAGUUUAACUCAAGCAUUUGAGCAGGCUCCAGUUUACAAAAUCCACGCAUUUUGGUGCAAGGCUACACCUUUGCCUAAGGACAUCAUCCCUUCGGUUUAA